AUGGAUUCAUGGGAUAGUGAAUAUUUCUACUUGAAAGUUGAUGGGAAAGCAAUUAUUUCUGAUAAAAAAGAUUUAUCAGAUUUUUCAGUUAAUUUUUGUGGAGCAGCUAAUAAAAGUUGGAAUGAUUAGAUAAUUGAAUAUGACAUAACUGUAAAUCAUAGUGGAACGUCAUUCAUUUUAGGAUUUGAAACUAAUUUAGAUGAAAGUGUAACUAACGAAUCAUUCGGAAUUUCUCAUUUGAUUACUGUAAUUGAUCUGUGUCCAAACUAAUUAUGCACAACAUGCACUGAUAAGAUUUGUUUAACAUGUAUAAAUGGGGCAUUUUUAGAUAGCACAAGUAUUUGUGUAACAACAUGCCCAGACGGAACUUUUGGAAAUAUUUAAACUGGAAAAUGUGAAACUUGCAGUCCAGUAUGUGUAACUUGUAAAGACUCUGCUAAUAAUUGUUCAGCUUGCUAGCCUGCCAGAGGACCUAAAGCUGUUCUUCCAGAUUGUGCUUGCUAGUCAAACGAGUAUGAAAACCCUCCAGAUCCAACUUGUAAAUAAUGCUCAUAUAAAUGCUUAACAUGUACUUCAAUUGAUUCAAAUUGCACUACAUGUGCUGCUAAUAGACCUAAAACUCCCUCCUGUAAUUGUGAUGAUGGAACUUUUGAAUAAGAUAAUUAAAAUCCUGUAUGUGGAAUAUGUGAUAAAAAGUGUUCAACUUGCUCUGGAAAAGCAGAUAAUUGCUUAACAUGUAAAGGAAAUAGAAUUAAAGCUCCUAAAUGCAUAUGUCCAGAAGGUACAUUCGAUGAUGGAGUCAGUUUAAAUUGCAUUCCAUGUAAUCCAAAAUGCAGGACUUGUUCAGGAAAUCCAGAUAAUUGCACUUCUUGUAGUUCAAAUAGGGCCAUGCCUGAUUGCACCUGUCCUUCAGAUAAGUAUGAUGAUGGUUCUCCUGUUUGCAAAGUCUGUUCUUACUAGUGUGCUACUUGUGCUGGAAGUGCCAAUAAUUGUACUUCUUGUGCCGGAAACAGAUUACCUCAAACUCCUUAAUGUCCUUGUCCCUCCAAUUAUAAUGAUGCUGGAUAUGCUAAUUGUGUUGUUUGUGAUCCAAAAUGUAAUACAUGCUCUACAGAUUCUAAAAAUUGUGUAACUUGUGCAGCUAAUAGAACAUAAAAUCCACCUUUUUGUACUUGUCCUACUGGAACAUAUGAAAAUGACAAGGCUAAUUGCCCAUCAUGUAGUUACAAAUGCAGUAGUUGUGAUAAAGCUGAUAAUAAUUGUACAUAAUGCUCACAUGACACUCGUACUAAUGCUCCUACUUGUGAUUGUAAGGAUGGGUAUUUUGAUAAAGGCACAAUAGAUUGCGGAGUCUGUCCUAAAAAGUGUGUUAAUUGCAAAUCUCAGACAGAAUGCACAGUAUGCUCAACAAAUAGAUCAAACCCACCAUAGUGCAGUUGCAAUGAUGGAUUUUAUGAAGACUCAAAUGGAGAAUGCAGAGCUUGCCACCCUAAUUGUACUAGAUGCACCGGGCCUGGACCAAAUCAAUGUCAAACAUGUGCAGGAAACAGAAUAGAUUUCCCAACUUGUAAAUGCCCAUUAGGCACAUACGAUGAUGGAAAUCCAACUUGCCCUAAAUGCAACUCUGCAUGCACAUCUUGCUCAGGCCCCUCAGUUAAUGAUUGUACAUCUUGUUCUGGAAAUAAAAUAUAUGAUUCUUCUUCAAAUAAAUGUGUUUGCCCAAAAAACACUUAUGAUUUAGGAAUUGGAUAUUUCUGUGCAUAAUGUAACAUUUUCUGCGAUGGAUGUUAAGGAAGCCCAAAUAAUUGCAUAAAAUGUGCUGGAGGCCGCAUAGGCUUCCCUUCUUGCAAUUAAUGUCCAGAUGGAGCAUUUGAUAAUGGAGGUCUUACAUGCUCUAAAUGCAAUACUAAUGUAUGUUCAACAUGCUCAUAAUCUGCUUCUAAUUGUACAUCUUGUGCUCCAGGUAGAAUUAAUCCUCCUCAAUGUACAUGUUUACCAGGUACAUUUGAUAAUGGAAUAAGUUGUGAAACAUGCGAUCCAAUCUGCAGCUCUUGUGAUAAAUCAAAGUAAAACUGUACUCAAUGUAUUGCAGGACGAAGUGGGGCUCCUUAUUGUGGAUGUAACGAAGGAACUUAUGAUGAUGGAGUUAAUAUAGCUUGUUAAAAAUGCCCUAACUAAUGUUAGACUUGUUCUGGAUCUAACUCUUGCACAUAAUGUAGAGGUGACAGAAUAAACUUGCCUAGUUGCUAGUGCCCCUAUGGAAAAUUUGAUGAUGGUGUAAGCGAAAUGUGCAGAGAUUGCAAUCCAAGAUGUGGGUCAUGUUAAGGAACAAGUGAUAAUUGCACUACAUGUUAAGGAAAUAGAGUUAAUUUCCCUACAUGUUAAUGUCCUGAUGGGUUUUAUGAAACAGGAGAUUUUAUUUGUGCUCCAUGCGAUAAAAAAUGUGGAUCUUGCUCUGGAUCACCUACCAACUGUCUGACAUGUUCUGGAAAAAAAAUAAAUCCACCAGACUGUUCAUGCCCUAAUUAAACCUAUUAUGAUUUAGUUUUAAAAGAUUGUUCACGUUGUUUCCCUACAUGCUAAACUUGCACUGGAAAGUUCCCUAAUUAAUGCUUGUUGUGUUUACCUGGUUUUAUCAUGAGAGAUGGAAUGUGUUAGGGUGAAGUGGGCACCUAUGUUGAUUAUGAAUCUAAUUAAAUAAAAAAUUGUAAUUUUACAUGUUAAGAAUGUGAGAGUAAAUAAGAUAGAUGCAUUAAAUGUGAUAGUUCAAAGAAAAGAAUAUUAUUAAAUAAUUCUUGUAUUUGUAUGGAAGGAUAUACUGAAAAUGAACUAAAAUAAUGUACUCCUAUCGUUAACCCUGUUGAAAACAGAUGUAUUUUACCAAAUGUUGGAUUUGGUAUUUAUUAAGAUUAAUCAUGUGUAUGCCCUGAUGGAUAGUUCCUCAUUGAAAGUUCUGGAAGAUGUGCAGCCUGUCCUUCAAGUGAUUGUAAAACUUGCAAUGCUUCAUCUUGCUUAACAUGCCAAGAUGGGUAUGAGCUAAAUGCUAAGGGAUUUUGCUUUAAAAGAGUUACAGAUUAAUCAGCAUAAAUUGUGCUAUUCAUUUUCUGCGGUUUAGCUUUAAGUUUUGCUUUUAGUGCAGCUUUAGUUUACUUUUUAAGGGGAUAAUAUAAAUUCUUUAAAAUAAAAAUAAUUCCAUAAACAUCUAAAAAUAAUACUAGUGCUGUUUUAGAGGCAUCUACAGUAAAACUUCAAGAAUAAUAAUCGUUAUCAAUAAUUAAUAACAUAUGA